UCUUAGGGACAGUGUUUCCUGUAUUAGUUUCAAAACAACUGUAUCAACCAAAAGCACACACUUCCCCUUUCCAAAAACACAUGUCUAACACACAGUGAAAAGUAGGAAUGGAGAGAAAGUGGAGAAAAAACAUGAGACACAGAGAAAGGAAGUGCUAAGAUGUUUGUUUUAGGGGUAUGAGUAUGAUUUAUCAUUCAACAUAUCUUUGUUUUAGGUGACUCAUAUGCAUAGGCAUAUAUUUAAUAUUUAAUUAACUCAUUAUAACAUCGAAUCUCAUCAAGAAUUGUUUAUGAUCUCUCUAGGAACCUUUUUUUUUAUACACUACACAGUCCCACUGCAUCCAACUUUCUUCUCUCCAAUCAAGUAUUCACUUCUUCUCCUCUCUCUCUCUCACACACACACACACUCACACUCACACUCACUGUCAUAGCUAGUUCUAGAUAUUACUGUUGUUUGGUUUUUGAUGGAUGAAAAGUGGAAGCUGUCAAAGAAAGAAGCAGGUUGCAGAAGCCAGAAUAGCACAUCAUCCACCAAGUCAUUGUUCUCAAGGAGUUGUUCAACAAGAGGCUCUUCUUCAAACUCUCCCCUCUUGAGGAGCUUAUCCCAAAAGAGUUCCUCCACUUCAAAAACCACCAUUCCUAGGAGCUUCUCUCAGAAGAACCCCUCCAUUGGUAAAAAAUGCACCAGCUUAGCCAAGGAGCACAAAGCCAGAUUUUACAUCAUGAGGAGGUGUGUAGCCAUGUUAGUUUGCUGGCACAAGCAUGGAGAUUCAUGAAGGAAUCACAGAUCCCUUUUCAGAUUCUUAUGUUAUGCUUAUACCAGCAAAAUGCUGAAGGGAUCUGGUUUUUUUUCUUCUUGGAAUAUAUUCGUUUUGUAAUUACCAAUUGCAUAAGGUGAGUUAUAUGAUUCAUUUACUUGGUGCUUAAAGCA